UCAGUAGAUUUUGAUCACUGAUAACUUUUUUUUUUAACCAAAAUUUGUUUCCUGCAGGAUAGUCACAGAUAUCCACAAUAAUGGACACAUCAAAAAAGAUUGCUCCAUCAAAAAAAAAAUAUGUGCUAUGUAAGAUGCCAGCAGACUGGGCUAAUCUGCCUGUGUUUUCUGAUGUUAGUCGACAACAUGACUGUAUUGCAGUUUAUACAAAGAGUAGGCGAGACAACAGCCUCGCAUAUGAAGGCUACAUUUGUCCAGCUGCUCCUGAAACACUGUCUAUGUCAGCGGUGCAGCUACCACCAAGGCCGGAGAGCUUUGCGAAGAAGUAUGAACGACUGCUAGAGAAGAUCGGAGCUGAGGAGGCUAAGGCUAAAGCUCAAGAAAAAAUCAUUUCAGAAGAGGAAAGGAACAGCGUGGCAGAUUCUGCAGCGAACAGCGAAGCAGGGCAAGGUGUUGUCAGAGCAGAGCCAAACCCCAUGCCAGGCAGUGAAGAUACAGCUGAUGAAUCAAAACAGCAGAUAAAAGCAGAGGCCACCUGUGAAAUUAAAAACAAAUCAGAGCAUCUAAAUCUGUCUCUGCAGAGGACGGAGUCCAACACCGAUUAUCCACUUCCACUAGAAAUCCUCGACAGAAGAGAGAGUUUACUCCCAGUACCCCCUGAAGGAGGGACAGCAGAGUUUUUUCUUUGUCUUGAACCUUGGGAGGACACCGUGGACAUGGAGUUCUUGAACCAUUUGUAUUUGUGA